AAGCGUCGCACUACGCAAGUCAGGUCAAGAGAUAAACGAGGAUUGCAUGACCGCAGAGGCGCUCACGUAAACUAAUUCAGUAAGGUAUAAAAAUGGGGAAGGCUCUUUCCCACCUGCCUAAGCAAGCCUGUCAUGAUGACUGUCAGGAUAGCCUGACUUCAUCACCUGGUUACAGUGCUAUGCAAACUGAUGAGAGUAAAAAUGGGGGGGAUGUGUCACAGUUUCCUUAUGUCGAGUUUACUGGCCGAGACAGCGUUACCUGCCCCACAUGCCAAGGCACUGGAAGAAUCCCUCGAGGCCAAGAAAACCAGCUGGUGGCUCUUAUCCCAUACAGUGACCAAAGACUGAGACCAAGGAGAACCAAACUGUACGUGACUGCUUCAGUCAUUUUGUGCCUGCUGCUCUCCGGCCUGGCUGUGUUCUUCCUUUUCCCACGUUCCAUUGAUGUGAACUAUGUGGGAGUGAAGUCUGUCUACGUUUCCUAUGACCAGAUCAAACGCAUCGUGUAUCUCAAUAUUACUAACUCGCUGAAUAUUACAAACAACAACUUUUACUCUGUGGAUGUGGCCAACAUAACAGCCCAAGUGCAGUUUUCCAAGACGGUGAUCGGAAAAACCCGUGUUAGCAACAUCACCACUAUUGGCCCCCUGGACAUGAAGCAGAUUGACUACAUGGUUCCCACCACCAUAGCAGAUGAAAUGAGUUAUAUGUAUGACUACUGUACCCUGCAGAGCAUUAAGGUGCACAACAUAGUGCUUAUGAUGCAGAUAACCGUCACUACAGUGUAUUUUGGUCAUGCUGAGCAGGUGUCUCAGGAGAUGUACCAGUAUGUGGAUUGUGGAGGGAACACUACAUCCCUGCAUGAGUAUAGACUGAAUGCCCCUUGGGCUGGCUAGAGGUGACCCUUAUAACUGCUGCAAUUUCACAGGAUGCAGUACAUGAUGUUACCUCUGUUGGUGUGACGUUGCACUCAAUUUCUGUGUCAUACAAAAGGAUCAGCCACUUUGUCCCAGAAAAACUGGCAGGUGACGACCAAGGGAAUGUUAGUGUUGAUAAUGCUGUUUGGUACAUGUGACAUUCUUCAAUCUAUUUGUUUUGUUUCACAUUUGGUGGCAAAUUUACUGUUUGUCACAGUUCAUAAGCUGUUAACCGAUAAAGCACUACAUGUGUAGAAAACCAACAAUCACUGGGAUCUGAGACUAUCUGGCUGCAUGCAAGAUGUUUUAGUAAGAAAUUAUAAUUCCUUUAGAUUCUCAAUGUAAUAACAUUGAUUUCACUUAUUAAUUUAAAUGCAUUUUAUUUAGAAUAUCUACAAAAUCAGAUGUAAUUUGUCCAGCUGUGUUGAAUGAGAGUCUAACUUUGAUAACAAUUAAAUUGUAUUUAACAUUGUUAAAGUGGAUUAUUAUGAUGUACAUUUUUAAACAUUUUAAUCAUUUUUGUAAAAAGGUACAAAGGUUGUUAUUUGAUUUAAGAUAGGAAUCACUACAAAUACGACUUUGCAUUUCUGUGUUUUGUAACCAGCAUUUGCUUCAUGUAGAUGCUUGUAUGAAACACUUGAUUUUUGAGAAAAGAGGUUUGGACUGCUGUAGAGAUUGUACUGAAUGAACUUGACCCUGCUGAAGGCCCAGUUUCAGUGUGUGGAAUAAAAAAACAUAAUGGUUUCCAUUAAAUAGAUGUGUUUUAAGUUGCUUGCUAUUUCAUUCUAUUUAUGUGAUGUAAGGAGUUUAAUAAAUGUGUUUGACAGAGUGUACAUGCAUUUCUUUUUACAGUAUGAUAUACUGUUAUGUUUCAGCAACACUGAUAAUGAUUCUGUAUAGAGGCACACAACAUGGUUUCUUAUAUUCACAAGAGUGAAAAAAUAUUUCCUGUUUAAGCUUUUUGGCCAUUUUUGCAUUAAUAAAUGUGCAAUUGAUA